ACUAAUUAAAACGUCGUUGAACUUCAACGCAGAUAAUUUUGCUGUAUAGGCGUAUAGGGUUUCCAAUUGAUUUCACCCCAUCCUGCCGUCUUUAUUUACUCAAUCGAACAGAUGAGCCAGCCAGAGCAUCAUUCAACAGAUGCAAAGCAUGCCAAAGGAACCGAAGUUUUUGUUGGGGGAUUGCCCUCUACAGUAUCUGAAGACAAAAUCAGCAAGGUAUUCUCUGGUUGUGGCGAAAUUGUGGAAAUUCGUAUGAUAAAGGACCAGAAAGGCAAUUUAAAGGGAUUUUGCUUUGUGCGCUUUGCAACAAAAGAGGCUGCAGACAAAGCUGUGAAGGAAAAAUCUGGAAUUGUGGUGGAUGGAAAGAAGAUUGGCGUUCUCCCAUCAAUCCAGCAGGAUACAUUACACUUUGGAAACCUUAACAAAGGUUGGAGUGCUGAUGAAUUCGAAAAACUUGUUCUCCAGGUUUUCCCUGAUGUUGUAUCUGUUGAUCUGGCAAUGCUCAAAGACAUGCCACCUGGUCAAAAGCAACGGAACCGUGGUUUCGGUUUUGUGAAAUUCUCAUCUCAUGCGGCUGCUGCACGUGCCUUACGGGUGGGCUCCCAGUCGGAUUUUCGUCUUGGUGGAAAACUGCAUCCGGCUGUUCAGUGGGCCGAGGAGGAAUGUGAAGUUGAUCCAACAGAACUUGCUAAGGUAAAAAUAGCUUUUGUCAGAAAUCUGCCAACUGAUGCAGAUGAGAACUACUUGAAGCAAUUGUUUGAGCAUUUUGGCAAGGUAGAUAAAGUAGCAAUAUCCAGAAAGAGCGCCUCACCAGUUGCGUUCAUUCACUUCACCGAUCGAUCAGAUCUUGAAAGAGCUAUAUUUACAAUGAAUGAGAAAACAAUUCAAGGACCUAAUGGAGGUCCAUUGGUUAAACUCCAGGUUGAAGUUGCAAGGCCUACUGGCAGAAACAAGAAACGAGCUCAUGAGGAUUCACACAGCAGUCCUGCUAUGGUUCAGGGUCAUUCCAAACUUUUAAAGGAGGAAAUAAGCGCCAGUCCAUCCAUUAAUCAUAAGUUCAAUGUCCAGAAGGACUUGGAAUAUGCUGCUGAUCCUUAUGAGGCUGCUGUAGUCUCCUUACCUUUAUCUAUUAAAGAACGUUUACUCCGCAUCCUACGUCUUGGAAUUGCUACUCGUUUUGAUAUAGACAUACAACAUCUGAGCAGUCUCAAGCAAAUACCUGAAUCUGCAGCUAUAUCAGUCCUUGACCAGGUUUCAGAGAAAUCUUAUUUACGCUUUUCCUGGAUACUGAUUUAAUUGAUUGACA